AUGGAGUCACAAAACACAUAAACCCCCUAAGGAAAGGAAGGAAAAAAAAAAGAAAGGAAUUCAGGGGAGAGAGGAAAAAUAAAAGUUUAAUGGAGUUGGAGAAAUUAGGAAGCCAUGGCAGAAGGAAGAAGGGAGGGAUGCUUACGAUGCCCUUCAUCUUCUCAAAUGAGGUUUGUGACAAGUUGGCGGUGGUGGGAUUCAACGCGAACAUGAUAAGCUACCUGACGACGCAGCUUCACAUGCCCCUCACCAAGGCCGCCAACACCCUCACCAACUUCGGCGGCACUGCCAGCCUCACCCCUGUACUCGGAGCCUUCAUCGCCGACGCCUUUGCCGGCCGCUUCUGGACCAUCACCGUCGCCUCCAUCAUCUAUGUCAUUGGAAUGACAUUGUUGACAACAUCGGCAUCUCUUCCCCAACUAAGGCCGCCUCCAUGCAACCUCGGAAGAGCCACCGACCAACCCUGCCAAGAGGCCAACGCAUGGCAGCUGGCCGUCCUCUACGCAGCCCUCCUGCUCGGGGCCAUCGGAUCAGGUGGGAUUCGGCCCUGCGUCGUGGCAUUCGGGGCAGACCAGUUUGAUGAGGCUGACCCGAAGCAGAGGACCCGCACAUGGAAGUACUUCAACUGGUACUACUUUGUGAUGGGCGGGUCGAUGCUGGUGGCCCUGACGGUCCUUGUCUACAUCCAAGACAACAUCGGCUGGGGCUGGGGGCUUGGCAUCCCGACCAUACUGAUGUUCCUGUCGGUGGUGGCUCUAGUGUCUGGUCACCCGCUCUACCGGAUGCUGGACCCCGCCGGGAGCCCGUUCACACGAUUGGUGCAAGUAUCCGUGGCAGCGUUCAAGAAGAGGAAGGUGGAAAAUGUAUCGGACCCGGAUUUGCUUUACCGGAACAACGAGCUGGAUGCUCCGAUCUCGGUGGGCGGGAAGCUUGUGCACACCAAAUAUAUGAAGUUUUUGGACAAAGCAGCUACCGUGACUGAAGAGGACAACCCGAAGACUCCAAAUCUAUGGAGGCUGAGCACAGUCCACAGGGUGGAAGAGCUGAAGCAGAUCAUCAAAAUGGGGCCGAUAUGGGCCGCCGGAAUCCUCCUCUUCACCUCCUACGCUCAGCAGCACACCUUCUCCCUCCAGCAGGCCAGGACCAUGGACCGCCACCUCGGCGGCUCCUUCCAGAUCCCUGCCGGCUCCAUGUCCGUCUUCACCAUGUCCGCCAUGCUUCUCACCAUCAUCUUCUAUGACCGCGCUUUCGUCCCCAUCGCCCGCCGCUUCACUGGCCUCGACCGCGGAAUCUCUGUCCUCCACCGCAUGGGGAUCGGCUUCACCAUCUCCAUCCUGCCCACUUUCAUCGCCGGCUUCGUCGAGGUUAAGCGGAAGCAGGCCGCCGCCGACCACGGGCUUACCCACUUGGCCCACUCCACGAUACCGAUCUCCGUGUUCUGGCUCAUCCCUCAGUAUUGCCUACAUGGGAUCGCCGAGGCCUUCAUGUCCAUUGGCCACCUUGAGUUCUUCUACGACCAGUCACCAGAGAGCAUGAAGAGCACCGCCAUGGCCCUGUUCUGGAUCGCCAUCUCGGCGGGUAAUUAUGUGAGCACCCUCCUCGUGACCCUAGUACACAAGUUCAGCGCCGGGCCCGAUGGGUCGAAUUGGCUUCCUGAUAAUAAUCUUAACGUGGGGAAGUUGGAGUACUUCUACUGGAUCCUGACCCUUCUGCAGGUCCUCAAUCUGUUUUACUACAUCUGCUGUGCCAAGCGAUAUAAGUAUAAGCCCAUUCAGUUACACAAGGUGGAGGCUCGAGAUUCUGAUGAAGAUGGAGUCGAGCUCAAGCCCAAUGUCUAGUCACGGAUUCGAGGAUGGGAAUUCCUCGUUUGCCUUGUAGAGAACUGAGACAAUGUUGAUCAAUUGAACUGCAGUUCACUAUAAAUGUAGACAGCAUGUAAAGCAGUAGUAAGAAUAUAUCAAGAAAACAAUCUCUGGUUGUCCUUCCUUCCGAA